GUCUCAAUGCGCAAACAACCCGCUGCGGAGCUGUCUCUGCUUUAAAACCCCAAGGCUCUCCCUCUGUGCUCUGCACUAUCUCCGUUACCAUGGACGAAAACGUCGCCUCCCUCAUAAGCAUCUGCGGCGUGACCGAUGCUGAAGCCCGCCAGCUGCUUAGGGAAAACAACGACGACCUCAACAAUGCGGCCUCACAAUUCUUCGAAAAAGGUGCACCCACGGGCAACGAUCCUGAUAGGUAUGAUGACAGCCUCUUCGCAGCUGACCGGGAGGGUUUUACUGAUGGAUCCCGGUCCAGGCCUUUCCACAUCGACGGCGGCGUUGUUGGCGACUAUAGCACAACUCCGACAAGACCACCCUCCCGAAUUAGCGAUCGCUCCAUGGCAGACUCCGGGAUGGAAAUGUCAAACGUGGCAAUAAAAAGUGUAGAAGGGCCCGGUCAGGAAUCUGGUGUCAUAGGUAAUAGUAGGGCUGUCUUUGGCCCCGCGCCCAAAGAUGCACACUAUGAUGCUCAAAGCUGGGCUAUGACAUUGGUAGGAACGCAGGAGACGGUGCUAGACGUUGCUGCGGAUCAGCGAAAGCGGGAAGAGGGUGGCCCCGCCUUUCUCAAACCGAUGGCAAACGGAGACUACCUUCCCAGCCUAGUCACGAUGCUCUCCACUAUCCCAUCGAUCAGAAACCUACUCCUGUGUCCAGCGCAUGUUGCCACAGACUACGAGCGAGAGGAGGGCUGGUGGAGGGGCACCCCUAUAACUCCGCCAGCACGAAUCGCAGUAGAUGGCGAGCUGAGCCAGACCGAUCAGCUUGAACUAAUUCACGAGGUGCAACGGCUUAUGGCCUUCCUCGACCGCACGGAUCGGGCCUACGGCAGCGCCGAACCCCUGUCUAAGCUAGAAGCUUUCACCAAUGCCAUUCCACAGGAACCUGAAGCCACGAGUCUCGAAAAGUUCCUACUUGGGUGGGAACGUGCCGUCGAGGUUUCGGGACUGCAAAGCGGUUUGCAGACUUCUCUGCAUACUGAGGUGAUAGCUAAUGGCACAGUUCAAAACUCACACUUCCUUGAUGCCACGGUUGUACACAAUGUACCGGGCGAAAAGGUCUCACUCUAUGACGUUCUGGAUUCGCACUUGUUCACCUACACCGCCAGCGCUUAUGUGAAGACCCUUGGUGACGUGAUGGUCAUUAGGCUGAGCAGUUCCGACGGCUCCGCGACAAAGUUAGAUGUGGAGAUACCUGGGGUCUUCUAUGCAGACCGAUACAUGGCCUGCAAUGAGGCCAUUGUCUCGCAGAUGCUCAGAGAUGCUGCACAGCAUGAGUUGAAGAUUGCCGACAUCAACCGCAAGAUUAACAAAAUAAAGUACCACCACAGCAAGAAGACCGGCAAGUCUGUGGAGUCCCUCAAGCUGCUGAACUCAAGCAUGAAGGCUUUCGGGACUUUGGAAGGACCUGAGGGACAGGUUGAUGAUGCAAACGUAACUCUUCAGGAGCUUCAAAAGAUAUACAACAGCAUUAAGCUCAAGCUAAAAGAGCUUGAUGAACAGAAGACGAAGACCCGUGAGAUUCUCGACGGUAUUAACAGCAUCUUCAAACCGCCUGUCGAGAAGGCUAGCCCUGCUACCAAUGGCGACACUAUGACAGGUAUCGAGACGAUCGAUUCCACGAAUCCCCUCAAGGAAGAGUUCAUUCCGAAAUACAAGCAAAGGCUCUGCGCAGUCUCCACUGAGCCGAACACGAUAUACCUCCGUAACGCAGUAUCCGCGCCUGACGACAAGCGUUGGUGGCGGAUUCAGUACCAGUACGACUACGACAGCCCGUUGAUACUACGAGAGGUAAACCCAUCCCUUGCUCAAACUUCUCAGCAUACUAACAAACCUGACGAAACAGCAAGUAACCGAAGCAGUCGUCCUCAAACGCGUUAGCGACGAGCAUAAAGAAGCUCUUCUCAUUUACGCCAGCGACGAAGCCACCAGCGAGCCUUUCCGACCACUUCCGAAACCCCUCGCAGAC